UGAUAGCAAUCGGUCUCGCACGAUUCUUGGGCAAUGGAGAUGGAUGGCUGUCUACGCGCAUAUAUAAAAACCUGUCCGCGCUCCGGGAAUAUUAACUUGGCAACUGUAAUUACAUCGCAUCGGGAAUGUUUUAAAUAGUACGCGUUUAGAGCUCUUAUCGCGACCAUCUGGCUAAUACCUGCCACCUCCGAGUAAACAAGCAUUCCUCGAUCGAACCUGGUGCACGUCUAGGACAAUAUGAACCCAGAAGAUUAUCUCCCAGUGCCCAAGGGCUUCGCCACUAGAGCCAUACACUCUGGACAGAAUCCGGACAAUUGGGAUUCAAUGUGUGUUGUCCCACCAAUCGUUUUGUCCACGACAUUCAAGCAGUACGGUCCUGCUGAUUUCAAAAAAUAUGAGUACGGUCGUUCCGGAAAUCCUUCCAGAGAUGUCUUAGAAACUUGCCUCGCCUCCUUGGAAGAUGCUAAGCACGGAGUUUGCUUUUCUUCCGGCCUUGGUGCUAUAACAGGUCUUUUGGGCAUGUUCCAAUCCGGAGAUCACAUCAUCACCGGAGAUGACAUCUACGGAGGUUCAAAUAGGUUGUUCAAUCAGGUCGGCAAGAAAUUCGGCUUCGAAGUAUCUCACGUCGAUGGCACGGAUGUUAACAACGUCGCUGCGGCCAUCCAAAGCAACACCAAACUGAUCUGGUUGGAAACGCCGACAAAUCCCACAAUGAAGGUCAUGGAUAUUAAGGCUAUCUCCACCAUAGCAAAGGAGAAGAAUAUCGUCCUCGCCGUAGACAACACUUUCCUCACUCCAUACUUCCAACGCCCGCUCGAGCUGGGCGCCGAUCUCACAGUGUAUUCCUUAACUAAAUACAUGAAUGGACAUUCCGACGUGAUCAUGGGAGCGAUCCUCACCAACAAUCACAAGCACCACGAGAAGCUGCGAUUCUUGCAGAACGCAAUGGGCAUUGUUCCAUCGCCGUUCGAUUGUUCCUUGGUAAACCGUAGUUUGAAGACCCUGGCAGUGAGGAUGAGGCAACACAGCAAAAAUGGUUUGAUUGUUGCCAAGUUUUUGGAAACGCAUCCCCAUGUAAAGAAGGUCUUGCAUCCAGGUUUACCAAGCCAUCCUCAGCACAUUCUAUUCAAGACUCAAACAUCUGGGCACAGUGGUAUGGUGACGUUCUACCUCAAAGGUGAACUGAAAGACUCUAAGAAGUUCCUGAGCUCCUUGAAGGUCUUCACAUUGGCAGAAAGCUUGGGAGGAUACGAGAGCUUAGCUGAGUUGCCAUCGGUGAUGACACACGCUUCCGUUCCAGAAGAACAACGUAAAAUCCUCAAAAUCGACGACAGUCUGAUUCGUCUCUCAAUUGGCUUGGAAGAUGUUGAUGACAUAAUAGCUGACUUAAAUCAAGCGUUCGCUUCAAUUUAAACUUUUUUAAACAAUUUUUCUUUCUUUACAGCUCAAUUUUAUAUGAAACGUUUACAGCAACUACUUGUAUAAUGAUGUCUACAUUUGCUUGUAGCAUAUAAUAUCUAUUUUGAAAAAAUAAAGAAAUGACCAAUAAACAA